CUCCGAUAACAUAAAGGUACCGUUCGCAUCACGUCGAAGCAUAAAAGCGUAACUUUAACAACUUCAUACAAGAAAUUCUAUAGCAAAAAACCCGCGUUCCACGUAAUCCGACUAUUUAUCCAUACCAAGCCAUACAUAUUCUACAACUACAUCAUCUACUACGCCGAAUACCGUUACGAUGUCUGACGACGAGGAUUUCAUGCAAGAGUCCGAUGAGGAACAGUAUGACUUCGAGUACGAGGACGAAGAUGGCGUUGAGGACUCUGGCGACGUCGAUAUCGAUAAUAAGUACUACAAUGCGAAGCAGAUCAAGGAUGAUGAUCCCGAAGAAGCUCUCAAAGAGUUUCUGGGCAUUCCCGAGCUUGAGGCUGAGAAAGGUGACUGGGGAUUCAAAGGACUGAAGCAAGCUAUCAAACUAGAGUUUCGGCUUGGAAGAUAUGAUCAGGCUGUAGAGCACUACACCGAACUCCUCACAUACGUCAAGUCUGCUGUCACGCGUAACUACUCCGAGACAUCCAUCACAAAAAUGCUAGAUUAUAUCGAGAAGGAGUCGGAGAACGAGGGAGCGCGAAAAGCUGUGGAGCAGUUCUAUUCCUUGACGCUGAAUUGUUUCCAGACAACGAACAACGAGCGUCUAUGGCUCAAGACAAAUAUCAAGCUAGCGAAACUUCUCCUUGACCGUAAAGAAUAUCUUGCAGUUACUAAGAAGCUCCGUGAGCUACAGAAAGUCUGUCAACGAGAAGACGGUACGGACGACCCCAGCAAAGGCACUUACUCUCUAGAGAUAUACGCCCUGGAGAUUCAAAUGUAUGCCGAGACACGCAAUAACAAGCAGCUUAAGGUUCUGUACCAGAGAGCGCUUAAGGUACGCUCUGCGGUACCCCACCCGAAGAUCAUGGGUAUCAUUCGUGAAUGUGGAGGCAAGAUGCAUAUGAGUGAAGAAAACUGGAAAGAUGCACAAAGCGACUUCUUCGAGUCGUUCCGCAACUAUGACGAAGCCGGAUCCCUACAGCGAAUCCAGGUCCUCAAAUAUCUUCUCCUUACCACCAUGCUUAUGAAGUCCGAUAUCAACCCUUUCGAUUCGCAAGAGACAAAGCCUUACCGCAACGAUCCUCGCAUUGCCGCCAUGACCGAGCUAGUAGAUGCGUACCAGCGAGACGACAUGGAAACCUACGUCAACGUCCUACAGAAGAAUCAAGACAUUUUGGCCGACCCGUUCAUCGCGGAGAAUAUUGACGAGGUUACUCGCAAUAUGCGUACCAAAGCCAUUGUCAAGUUGAUCGCACCUUACACAUGCAUGAAGCUUGCUUGGAUUGCACGACAACUCAAGAUAUCGGAGGCAGAGGUUCAGGAUAUCCUCGGUUUCUUGAUCGUAGAUGGCAAAGUCAAAGGUAAGAUUGACCAGCAGACUGGUGUGCUCGAAAUAGAAUCAGACGACGAUGCCGAACGAGUACAGGCUAUGGAUUCUUGGGCCGCAGCUUUAGCUGGCCUCUAUACGACUAUGUUCAAGGAUGGUGAGGGAUUUCGAAUGGCCGACGUUGGUCCCCAGACAGAUGAUGCAACAUUAGCCCCGAUGUUCUCUACAGAAAGCACUCGACAGAGAGGGCUCGUCUCCAAGGGUAAGAGGGCUGGCAAGGGUCUCUUCAACUAGGAUCUACCUAGUAUUAUAGAAGAGAAAAGUAACUGGGACGCCGCAAGGCUUGGGCUGGUGGGCAAUGUGUUUUGGAAGUGGUUGCAAUGAUCAACGCCUCUCAUUCACCCCACCCAUCAUAGACUCCAGUGGGACGUUUAUGGUUACACGAUUACCCCAUACCCUUUGUAUGCUCGCGCAUCAUUUUGUGUAUGCUUUUGUUUCAUGCAAUACGGCGUGUCUAGAUACCUAGGCAGGAGAGAGUACCUGCCCGAUGAUAUUAUGAUUAGGAUGAUGGAAUCCCUCGGAGAUGAAUAAAGUCCCCAAUUAUGAAUAAUGAAAUUCAGACUGUCCGUUUGCGCCGAUGUAGAACUGACUAUUGCUGGCCGUCUAAGAAACUAUCAAGUCAGCUUUACCUCGACCUCUUGUCCCUAUAUCUCUUAUUCAGCCCGUGUAAUAAUACGAGUAAAGACUGAAAAC